UUAUGAACCUACAACCAAAUAUGAAGUACCAUUUUUGUCAAUUUUUUCGCCGCCUUUCUUUCUUUCUCUUUGGUCUCUGCUCAUUCCUAGCUUACUCUAUAGAAGCAAAGCAAGUUGCUAAGCGAAGCAGUGAGAGAGAGAACCCGACCCGAGUAUGACGACCCGAAUAGCUCCGGGUGUGGGAGCAAAUCUUCUGGGCCAACAUUCGGCGGAGCGCAACCAAGAUGCCACCGCCUAUGUCGGUAAUCUCGACCCUCAGAUUACUGAAGAGUUGUUAUGGGAGCUGUUUGUUCAAGCAGGUCCCGUAGUCAAUGUUUAUGUCCCCAAGGACAGAGUUACUAAUGCUCAUCAAGGAUAUGGUUUUGUUGAAUUCCGAAGCGAAGAAGAUGCUGACUAUGCAAUAAAGGUACUGAAUAUGAUAAAACUUUAUGGGAAACCAAUACGUGUGAAUAAGGCAUCACAAGAUAAAAAGAGUGUUGAUGUUGGUGCCAACUUGUUUGUUGGGAACCUUGAUCCUGAUGUAGACGAGAAGCUUCUUUAUGACACUUUUAGUGCUUUUGGAGUAGUUGUCUCAAAUCCAAAGAUAAUGAGAGACCCUGAGACAGGGAAUUCACGGGGUUUUGGUUUCAUUAGCUAUGAUUCAUUUGAUGCCUCAGAUGCAGCAAUUGAGGCAAUGAAUGGGCAAUAUCUUUGCAACCGUCAAAUUACGGUGUCCUAUGCCUACAAGAAAGAUACAAAGGGGGAACGUCAUGGAACCCCGGCUGAGCGGGUUUUAGCUUCUAGUAAUCCAGGUACCCAGAGAAACAGGCCUCAUACCAUGUUUGCAAGUGGACCCCCAACACUUGCUGGCGUUCCACAAGUCAAUGGUGCGGUUGGUGCUCCUGUUCCCCCACAGCCUUUUGCAAAUGGUCCUAUGCCUCCAGCUCCUGUUCCAGCAAUCCGGCCGCCGCCACCUAUGCAGCCAAAUGUCUACCCACCAAUGCAGAUGCCUCCUCCACAAGCUUGGCAGGGACAGCCUAUGCAACCUCCACAAGGUGCAGCUGGCAUUCCGCAGCAGCAAAUGCAAUUCAGAGGAAUGCCACCUCCGCCGCCCCCACAGGUAGCUCCACCCAUGAAUAGGCCCCCUCCACCACCAGCUGCAAUGGGUGGUAAUGUUUGGCGUCCGCCUCCACCACCGCAGCACUUCAAUGGUGGUCACCAUGCUAUGCCCCAUAUGUCGAUGCAGCCACCCCCUCCACCUCCUGCAACAGGUUGAAAAUUUGAGACCUCAGAGUGUUAUGUUCCCUUUGUGGAAUAACAUAUUUUUAAAAUAGUGCUUACGCUGUAAAAAAAGUGUCGGGACAGUGUGUCAAAACAUUUAGUCGAGGAUUGUUCGAUUUGGAAGUAUCUUUUGCUUUUUGACCUUUGGUUAUCGGAGAUGGAUGGAAGAUGAUUGUUGAUUUUAGUGAAAACCCAUAUGCCAUCUCUGAGACAUCUACAUGUAUUUAUAACAAAAUUAGAUAGUUAUCGCCUAUCGGAUUGCAAGUUGUCUGUUC